AUGCGCGGCUCAUUCAGCCGCUUCGGUGCACCGGCUAAUCGCAAGGAUCCGCUCACGAAAGGUGACCUUGCUUCCGCCGUCGCGCGCCUGCGCCCGGACAACAACUACGACGACUCCCUCUUCAUCGCCCAACUUCUAAUCUCCAUGCGCCACUCGGUCGUGCUGGCACCCGAUAGCAUCUCCUUCCACCUCCCCGGCCACAAGGCGGACACGACGUUUGAGGGCGAUGACAUCUUGGUACUCGCCUCUCACUCCCGCCGUGCCCUGUUGCUGCCUUCCGCCGUUACUAAUACCUGCUCCUUCGCGACGACCGCGCGCGCACCCGACCCUACUUAUGGAUCCGGGCAGACGGGUCUCUCCCCACGUGCUCCUGGUUCAUGGCCCGGCUCCGACGACUCUUCCCGCCGUCGAUCGCCGGCCACUCCAUGCGCGCUGGCAGAGCUACCGCCCUCGCGGAGGCAGGUGUCCCACCCGACCGCAUCCAAGCCGCGGGGCGUUGGUCCUCAGAGGCAUUCAAAGUUUACAUUCGCAAGCAUCCCGCCCUCCUCGCCGCACUCACCGCCUAGUGCCACGCUUGCCGCCUCUCCAUCUCGUCGUUCACCUCUUUUUUCUUGUUUCUUUUCCUUUUCUCCCUAA